AUGGGGAGAUCAAAUAAAGCCCCACAAGCUGGGAAAACCCCAGACCCAAAAAAAGGACUGCUCACCACGUCCUUAUACCAGUUUCUGGUGACUCCUGUGGACCUCACCACUCCACCGCAUGGCGCAGGCGGAUCAAUGGUGUCAGAGGACUCGGUGCUCUCAUCUCCGGCAUCUGACCUGCACAAAGGGAGCACAGAUAGACCCAUAUGGCUGGAUCUCUUCAAGGCCUUACCUACAAAAGCGGAUCUCCGCUCCACCACCUCGGAUCUGGGAGCCGCGAUCAGGCAUGACAUCCAGGCGCUGAGGGCCGACGUCCAGGGCAUGACCGAGCGAGUGAGCCACAUGGAAGCAGCCUGCAACAUUCUGAAGGCAGCCCAGAACACUCUGGCAGACAGCGCGGACGUCUGCUCCGACCAGAUUCGCGGAAUGGUCCUACAUAUCGAAGAUCUGCACAACAGGGAGCGCCGCAAUAACACAUGGCUAUGCAGCCUCCCUGAAACAGAAGAAUCCGCACUCCAAUUGCAGGAAAGCCUCCAAUCUUCAAUGGGCUGUUAG